GACGCAGAUUCCCAAGAUGAGAGAGGCUGGAGCUGGGGGAGGAAAGCCAAUGGCGACGAAGGCGCUCAACUCCCAAAUCCAGGACAAAGGAGGCGGACGGCCUCCUUUGUAAUUCCGCCGCCCGGUGGCGAAGGUUUUUAAGCCUGGCUUGGCUGCCGGACGGGAGGGGGAAGUACUCUCCCUAGUUCUCCGGUCUCUAGGGCCGCUAGAUAACGAAAGUCUCCGGGGAGGAAUAAAGGACGCUUAGCCGGCCCUUAUAUUCCAGGUUUGGAACUUCGAAAAGACAUUUAAAUCAAACGGUAUUGAGAUGGAUUGGGUUAUGAAACAUAAUGGUCCAAAUGACGCUAGUGAUGGGACAGUACGACUACGUGGACUGCCAUUUGGUUGCAGCAAAGAGGAAAUAGUUCAGUUCUUUCAAGGGUUGGAAAUCGUGCCAAAUGGGAUAACAUUGACGAUGGACUACCAGGGGAGAAGCACAGGGGAGGCCUUCGUGCAGUUUGCUUCAAAGGAGAUAGCAGAAAAUGCUCUGGGGAAACACAAGGAAAGAAUAGGGCACAGGUAUAUUGAGAUCUUCAGAAGUAGCAGGAGUGAAAUCAAAGGAUUUUAUGACCCACCAAGAAGAUUGCUGGGACAGCGACCGGGACCAUAUGAUAGACCAAUAGGAGGAAGAGGUGGUUAUUAUGGAGCUGGGCGUGGAAGUAUGUAUGACAGAAUGCGACGAGGAGGUGAUGGAUAUGAUGGUGGCUAUGGAGGUUUUGAUGACUAUGGUGGCUAUAAUAAUUAUGGCUAUGGAAAUGAUGGCUUUGAUGACAGAAUGAGAGAUGGAAGAGGUAUGGGAGGUCAUGGCUAUGGUGGAGCUGGUGAUGCAAGUUCAGGUUUUCAUGGUGGUCAUUUUGUACAUAUGAGAGGGUUGCCUUUUCGUGCAACUGAAAAUGAUAUUGCUAAUUUCUUCUCGCCACUAAAUCCAAUUCGAGUUCAUAUUGAUAUUGGAGCUGAUGGCAGAGCAACAGGAGAAGCAGAUGUAGAGUUUGUGACACAUGAAGAUGCAGUAGCUGCCAUGUCUAAAGAUAAAAAUAACAUGCAACAUCGGUACAUUGAACUCUUCUUGAAUUCUACCCCUGGAGGUGGCUCUGGAAUGGGAGGUUCUGGAAUGGGAGGCUACGGCAGAGAUGGAAUGGAUAAUCAGGGAGGAUAUGGAUCUGUUGGAAGAAUGGGAAUGGGGAACAAUUAUAGUGGAGGAUAUGGUACUCCUGAUGGCUUGGGUGGUUAUGGCCGUGGUGGUGGAGGCAGUGGAGGUUACUAUGGGCAAGGUGGCAUGAGUGGAGGUGGAUGGCGUGGGAUGUACUGAAAACAUAAUCACCAACAUACAAGUCCUAACAGCAUCUGGUCUACUAGACUUUCUUACAGAUCUAAUUUCUUUUGUAUUUUAAGAACUUUAUAAUGACUGAAGGAAUGUGUUUUCAAAAUAUUAUUUGGUAAAGCCACAGAUUGUGAUGGGAAAAUCUGUUUUCUGUAGGUUUUAUUUGUUGCAUACUUUGACUUAAAAAAUAAAUUUUUAUAUUCAAACCACUGAUGUUGAUACUUUUUAUAUAUACUAGUUACUCCUAAAGAUGUGCUGCCUUCAUAAGAUUUGGGUUGAUGUAUUUUACUGGUAGCGCUACAAACAGUAGUAUAGUGUAGUAUUAGAGAAUAAUGGUUCACUUUGGUAUAAACUGCAAUUCUUUAUAAGCAGACAUCUGAAAUAAGAGCUUGAAUAAUUUUUUCUUUAAUUUCUCCUGAAUAGCACUGUAAAUAUAAAGCCUAAAGAAGAGUUUAGGUGGCUUCAGGAAUAUAAAUUCAGCUAAUUCUAUAUUAUUCUUUUUCAGAUGUCAUUUAUCAGGCAUAGCUCUGAAAUGUUGAUGAUUUAAGAGGUAUCUGGAUUUCUGAGUAUUCCUAAUUGUGUUACCUAGGUAUGGGAGUGUUGGAAAUUUGAAUUCUAGCCCUAGAUUUUAGAAUACAUUUCCCUCAGCACUUGACUGAAGUACCAAAAAUGUUUCCAAAAGGUGAGAGUCAUAACUUAUUUCAGGAUGUUUAGAGUAGGUAGGAUUCUCAAUGACAUGAGAAUUCAGUGUGUAAGUAAAUAGGCAUUUACUAUGAAUCAUAAUUCUCACAGAUGUAUUUUCAGUUUCUUAUCCAAUCGAGCAUAUGGGUUUUAAAUAAGUGUUUAAAUGACUACAUUUUAAAAAUGUAAGACACAAAUCCAUGUCAUAGUCAAAAACAAUACUGCAGUUGGAUUUUGUAUCUGAUGUCAGUUUGGAGUUUUAGUUAAAAAUAUGUAGCAAGGAAAAGGUGCUUUUUAAUUUCAUCACUUUGAUCAAUAUGGCUUUUUUUUUCCUCAAAUUGGCUUAAUGGAUCAAAAUGAAACCUGUCAAUGUGAAUUCAGUUACUGAACUUGUUAUUUGCUUUUGCUAGAAUGUUAUUAAUGUAAUAAAUGUCAAUGUGGGAGAUAA